CUCUGUCUCUCUCUCUCUCUCAGUGACUCACUGGGGGUUUAUUUAUAGCCGUUGUGUUGGACGAAUCAUUUCGGGGCUUCGGGGGCAGUGAGAGUUGGUGUUCGCUGUGGUGUUCGCUGUGUUGCAGAGGGAGAGGGAGAGAGAGGAUGGAGGCGGUGGCGGUGGCGCAGUGGCUGUGUCUCUGUGCGGCGGUUUGCAGCGGCUCUCAGGCCAACACUGCUAAACAAUCAAGAACACCCGUUCAUCUAUUCACUCUAUCGAAAUCUACAGUGCAACCACAUAACACUGAAGGCCCUGUUAACACAGUCUUGGACACCGGCCAUGGAAAUGCUCUGGUCAGCACUCCAAGCUCAAGCAGCAAAGUUGGCCUCAGCAGUUCGUCAGGAGAUUCAACUGUUCAACUUCUGAAUAAGACCAAUACAGUGAGAGAGCUAAAUGGAAGCAUUGCCAAUGUAACUGGGGACCGUGCCAUUCAGCCGCUGAAUGAAACCAAGGUCAGAGUUUCUACCUCAACUGAAAGACCUCUGAGUACCAGCGGUCUCCAUGCCAAGGACGAGAACGGCAGUAUCCCUGGUGGUUUGGUGACGGAGAGCCCACCCAGUGAAGCGCCGCCUCUCGUCCCUAACACGGAGAACCCGCAGGGGGUUCACAACAGCUCCGCCUCCCAAACCCCAACGGCAACAAAUCCCGGCGUUCCCACAACAGCGGCCGGACCGGAUGGAACAAACCAUACGAUCAAAAGCCCGCAGACCAUACCAUCUCCAACUGAAGACGUUGUUGGGUCAACCGAGACCCCCCAAGCCACUGUGACGUUCACCACAUUGUCCGUAAAGGCCUCCAGUCCCCCUGCGACUGUGACCACCGUAGUCACACAGCCCACCAGCAUGAAACCCACCACCACAAAGGCAACUACCGCAAGCAGCAGUACCACCACAAAGAGGACCACAUCCACAAUACUCUCUGUGAACCAUAGCGGGGAGAAUUCAGCCAACAUCAAAGACUCUGUGCAUGGGAAAUUGGAUUCGAUCUCGAGCAAAACCAAAGUGGAUCCUCUGGUAGUCGGAAUAAUCACGGUCUUCUUUGUAAUAAUUGGGGUCCUGUCGAUUCUCGGGUUCCUGAAGUACCGUCAGCGAGUCAACCAACCAGAGUUCAGGCGCCUCCAUGAGCUCCCAAUGGAUGACAUGAUGGAGGAGGAUACUCCAUUGUCUCUCUACAGUUACUAGAUGUUACCUGUUGCCAAAGAAGAUGGUCUCAUUGAGUUGCACAAUAUUAUAAGUAAUAUGUGUUCCAAGUAUUAAUAGCUUUCAUGAUGAGGACUUUUUUUUUAAAAAAAAUUGUGCGAGCUAACUUUAAAUUUCGAUGCAUCGUGGGUUUUUUUCGUGUGUGUUUUUUUUAAACUAGAGAUGCAAGAAUUGCUUGGGCUUUGGGCAAAAUUCAGAGACAUUGCACCAUUUGUUUUUUUUUCCCCUCCACCAGCCCCCCCCCCCAAAAAAAAACCUUUCCCUCUCUCUCCCCAGUAGAAAUCUACACCCUUAGAGAUUUCAACCGUUACCUCGUUAUUCGAACAAAUAUGUCACCACAUUUUAAUUUAAAUCCAUGAUGUACAAUAUAAACAUAGAAGUCAUUUGAGACUCUCACCGUAGCUCCAGUCUUCUGAGGCUGGUCCUUGAGAUGCCAAAUAGCGCUUCACCAAGGAUCCAAGAUGCAGAGUGACUAAAGGUGUGAGUCUUGCUAGAAAUAUUGACAAUGUUAAAAUGUAUUGGGUUGUACCAAUUGGUCGGGAGUUUUAGAUGGCGUGAGCUUGGUACUCCACUUAGCGCACUAGAUUAAAUCCUCUGAAGCCUCUUUGAUGCCAAUCGCUGAACUGUACAUGUAGUCAGCACACCAAGGCACUAGUUGGAAAGCUCAGGCUGAAGGCUGAUUCGAGUUUCGUUCAGCAUAAGUGCUUUGAGACGCCAUUCGGUAUGAAGGACGCUAUAUAAAUGCAAGUUGUUGGAACAUGGCACUCAAGCUUGUGACUGACCGCAAGGCUGCAUCUAACUCAGAACCAGGACUGCUCUUAGGACUUAAUACUCCAUCAAAAUGAUCAAUUAAAGUAUUUGGAAAAUCACUUGAUGUUUGGGUACGGCCUUAACCAGGGAAUUUAUUUCAGUUCCUAAAACUCCUUUAAAAUUAGCUGUGUUUUGCCCAGAGACUCAAUGAUAUUAGAGAUCUGAGCUUCCUGGCCAGAAAACCCUUGUGAGUUCAGACCGGGAGCUUGUCUGCUUGAUCUAAUGGUGCCUUCACACUGCACCUUGCGGUUUUACACUGGUGUGAUUUUUUUGAGACUGGGGUCCUCUCGUUCGAACUGCCGGCUAGCGCCAGCCUGCACCACGCUCUCAUUGGGGACCAGCAGAACUCUGGCUUGUGUAGUUAAACAAACAGGAACAUAAGUCUUCUCACCACCCAGCAAAAUGUUUCACAUUUGGGAUAAAGUUAGUUAUCCAAUUGGCUCUCUCACUUUUUUUUUUGAACAAGAGACACUUAAAGACAGCUCAGCAGAUUCUGAGCCCUUUUCAAACUGGUUCGAAAAGUUGGUGUGGCCUUGGUCAAUGCUAUUUGUGUUGCUUGCGUCAGCGCAACACAAAAUGCCCGGAACAACUGCUGUCCACUUGAAGGCAGUCCAGGACUUGAAUGUUUAUUUACUCCCCGCCCCCACGUUUGCAAAAUGCCUCGCACAGAAGCACGCUUUGCACAGAAAUGUACAACAUCAUUUUAAGCCUAAAGAGUAGCUCCAGAGCUGGGUUUUGGUGAUAACAUUUCAAAGAGAACUUGCUCUUUAUUUAACCUUUUGCUUUGAUAUUCCGAUCCUAUUGGAACUUGGCCUCCCUGCACUUGCACGGUAUCUCUCUGCACUACCAUGAAGCACCCGGGACUCUACCCUGCGUGAGAGGUACGGUAGAAAUGCAAGUUGUUGUUAGUUGUAUGGACAGUGAGUUUGGGAUUCCAAUGUAACUACUGAUAUGGCCAAACUGAGUCAGGUGAAGAGUGCAUUUGGAAUUCCUGCUCUUGACACUGGAGUUCCCAUUCUAAUUAUAGGCAAACUCCUGUACCCAGGCCUCUCGGAUUACUCUUCACACCUUGCCAAAAGGCUAUUUUUAAAGCCCUGGAUUCCUACAGACAAACAGUGAACAACACUCUUGACAAACACCGGGCAUUCAUUAUGUACGAGCUGCACAAAAUCAAUUUUCUGUUCUUAAAAGAGGCAGUCAGGAAGUUUGUCAAGUUUGAGGACAGACAAACGUGCUUAUACGACUGCAGUCUUUCUGGACUGCGAUCCUCAUUUUAACAAAAAAUCUUUUACACGAAGGGAAUGCCUUAAAAUGCGCGAUCGACUUGAUUGUUGACUGUCUUGUAACUCACAGUUUGUGAAGAGGAAUUCUGGUCUAUCACCAACAUAAUAAUUAAUCCUUACAUUUGGUAUUUGGUAGAGGAAGUCUCAAAGUGCAGUGACUGUAACUCCUGUAGAUGAAAUCUCUGCGUUACAUGGUGUGUUUUAAUUUAAAUUUUAAUGGUAUUUAAAUUUUAAUGGCUGUU